AUGAGUAUGUUAACAAGCACAACGUCACACGCUGUAGUGGCUUUUGGAUGCAAUGAUGAUGGUCAGCUAGGAACGGGGGCAAAGCGUCGAAAGACACUGGCCAUUGAUGACGUGUCGGCUUCUAACUUUCCCACAAUGCUCGACGGACUUUUCGACGAAGAAGUUGUCGCUGUCUCCUGUGGCUCUCGCCAUACAAUGGCACUUACUGCAAAUGGCACCGUGUACUCGUGUGGAUGGGGAUCAAUGGGCCAAUUGGGCCACGGAGACCUCAAGAGCAUUAGCGUACCUCAGAAAAUCACCUUCUUCGAGGAUAAGGGUCUUGUGGUUAGCUACAUUUCAUGUGGAGGCUGUCACUCUGCUGCGGUAACGAAUGACGGAACGUUGUACAUGUGGGGCGAGACGCAUUGGGGUCAGCUAGGUCUACCGAAAGAGUUUGAAAAGACGCACGAGUCCGUUCCAGUCGAGUGCUUGAUUCCAGAGGCUUAUUGUGAUGAACGUGUUGUAAAGGUCAGCUGUGGUGGCACGCACACGGCUACAUUGACCAACCUUGGACGUGUUUUCGUCUGGGGUCGAGGUGAUAGCGGCCAGUUAGGUAUCGGCUCGGCAUGGCUAAAGGAAACGGAUGACAAGUGUCUUAUGGGAGUUAGCCAGCCGCAUUUGCUUGAUAGAUUAAACGGCGAGAAAGUCGUGCAGGUUGCGUGUGGUGCGUUUCAUUCAGCUGCUGUGACUGAGCAAGGACACGUUUAUAUUUGGGGAAAAGAGGACUAUGGCAUGCUUGGUCUUGGACAGACUUCUGAUCAGCAGACCCCGAAGCGCAUUGAGUUUUUUGACAACAUUCCAGCACAUCGAGUCUCUUGCGGUGGUUGGCACACCGUAGUAGUGGCAAAGUCGGGAGAAUGCUAUGCUUUUGGACGGGGUGAAUAUGGCCGACUUGGUCUUGGUGACGCGAAAAGUCGAACGCGUCCUCAUUUGGUGAAAGCUCUACAGGGAAAAACAGUGAUUCAAGCUGCAUGCGGUGGCUCUCAUACCUUGUUUGUUACAAGCGAUGGUCUUGCCUACGUUGCUGGAAGAGCUGACCAUGGUCGACUCGGUUUGGCAGACGUCAAAUCGUUGGCAGUUCCUACACAUUUAGACUUCGGUAGUAUCCCAGUUCUUCAGGUCUCAGCAGGUGGUGCGCACUCAAUAGCUGUACUGCACAGCUUACGCCCUACCUUCUCACCAAUGCCCACCAACAAUGCACGAGCUAUAGAAUGA